GUCUAUAGAUCUGGUAGCUCGGCCGAUAAGAAAGCGCAAUCGAUUUCCCGUCCUUCUUUCCAAGUGUACUUUUUUCGGCGAAAAACCGUUUUUAAGUCUUUUGUUAACGCAGCAUAAUGAUUUUCGAGACUGCUAUUGAGAAAGUCAUUGAAAAGAUCAGCUUUUCGGAGCUGGAUUACCAGACCUGCAUCAGCGAUGUGAAGUAUAUUGUAGAUGCGCUGGACGCGGCUUCAAAGAAUAAAUCCACAUUUUUCAGCAACAUUUUCGCCGAACUGGGAAGCACAGUGACAUUUAUGAAAGGCAAUGCUAUUGAUUCAAUGCCCGACUUCAAUUACUUUCUGCCCUUCAAAAUGCCACUGAAAAUGAAGCCAAUUUUUUAUGUUAAUAAUCGCAAAAGCUUGCUGCGUCUCAAGUGCAAGGAGAAGCACGUUCUUGUAGAAGACGGAUUUGUCUCGGCUGAAUGUUUCCACGUUCUGCUCAGCAAGCACGUGAAGAACAUACUCGAAGAGACGAAGACAAUUGAGUGCUCCGGCAGAGUCUAUAAAUUGUCCUGGCACAUGCGCAAGAUGGAAAAUCAGAUCUUUGCGUACAACAUCAAGGCGGACCAAGUGAAUGCAGACGAGCAGGAUCCGAUUAUAAUGACAUUUGAUUUUGUGCCCGUCUUCAAAUUUCUGAUGUACGAGACUCCGCUGCCCAACAGUGUGGCCGACAAUGUGGAGGGUGCUCGCUACUGGAUAAUCUGCAGUGCCUUCAUACAGGAUGAGAUUUCAAUAUUCUCCAAGGUCACCCCAUACUGGCAGAUGCUGAAGCCUGCUCAGAAAGAUAAGGCUAGAAACACAGUGCGUUUGAUUAAGGCUAUAGCCAAAAAGCACCAUGAGGAGCACUUUCUGGAGGUCUGCAGUUCCAAAAGUGAAAUCUUCUGGCGUAUCCAGGAGCUCGGAGAGGCCUACAACAACUAUAGUCAACCGAUUUUUUUCCUGGAAAUAUACGCUCGUAUCAUCAAUAAUAUUAUUACCAGGUUCCGCCCGUUCCUGAAUUUGACCAAGAGUUUCAAGUUUCUGAAGCCAUUCGAUGACGUCCUACACAUCAAUGAGUUUUUGAAGACCCUUCAGAUGAAUCGGGAAAUCGACAUGAAUGUAGUGCUCCCAAUUUUUGGCCUGCCUAACGAAAUAUGAUUACAAAUUUUUGUUUAUUUUUAUGCUGAUGUCUUAACUUCAGUUUUCAAUU